GAGGCCUGACUCACUGAGCUGCCCAGCCAGCCUCAUGCUAAGCUAUGUACCCGGCUUCACAUGCCCACAGCAACGUCCGGACACUGCACAGUCACACCCGCCAGAGGGAGGCAGGAGAGCACAGGGACUGCCGGAAGCUGACAGCCCGCCAGGCACUGCCUUCACUCUGUGGUCCAGCCCCUCUGGGGGAGGAGAAAGGGGCCUGGCCACCCCUGAGAGGCCUAGGCCUGCGGCUACAGGGGCCAGACCAAGCCUAGAGUGCAGACACAGGACAGAGGAUCUUAGGGGCGCCCAAGGCUCAGAGCAGCCAAGCCAGAAGUAUCUCUUCUCAGACACCAGGCAGAUCCAGACUACAAUGGGCAGUCCAGUGCACCGAGUGUCACUGGGGGACACCUGGAGCAAGCAAGUGCACCCUGACAUACAGAGCGAGAGGCACAUGCAGUCCUUUGAUGUGGAACAGCUCACCAAAAUCCUUGAUGGAGGUGCCCAGAACACUGCACUUCGCAGGAAAGUUGAAAGCAUCAUCCACAGUGACCCAGAGUUUAGCCUGAAGGAUAAUUAUUUCAUGACCCAAAAUGAACGUUAUGAAGCCGCCUGUAAGAAGAAAUUCCACAUUCAGAUGUUAGCACAGCGCCUUGGUUGGUCGGAAGACAGUCGUGAGUUAGGAUACGCUUACAGAAGCCUUUCUGGAGAUCUGGCCUUAGGUAUACACAACAUCUUCCUGAAAUCCAUCAGGAGCCUGGGCUCAGAGGAGCAGAUUGCCAAGUGGGCCCCACUCUGCAACAAGUUCCAGAUCAUUGCAACAUACGCCCAGACAGAACUGGGGCACGGGACAUAUCUUCAGGGCCUGGAGACUGAAGCCACCUACGAUGCAGCUACCCAGGAGUUUGUGGUGCACAGUCCCACGAUGACGGCCAUCAAAUGGUGGCCCGGUGGCCUGGGACGGUCAGCCACCCAUGCCCUGGUCCUGGCCCAGCUGAUCUGCUCAGGAGCCCGGCAGGGCAUGCAUGCCUUUAUAGUGCCCAUCCGGAGCCUCCAGGACCACAGCCCACUGCCAGGAAUCACUGUUGGAGACAUUGGGCCCAAGAUGGACUUUGACGACAUUGAUAAUGGCUUCUUGCAACUGGACCGCGUGCGGAUCCCCAGGGAGAACAUGCUGAGUCGCUUUGCACAGGUCUUGCCAGACGGCACCUACAUCAAGCUCGGAACAGCAAAGGCCAACUACCUCACCAUGGUGGUGACGCGGGUGGACAUACUGUUGGGCGAGGUCAUACCGAUGCUAGAAAAGGCUUGCGUCAUCGCCAUCCGCUACUCGGUCGUACGCCGCCAAUCCCGGAUCCGGCCCAGCGACCCGGAGGCUAAAGUCCUGGACUACCAGACGCAGCAGCAGAAACUUCUCCCUCAGCUGGCCACGGCCUAUGCGUUCCACUUCCUGGCGAGCAGCCUCCUGGAGUUCUUCCAUCGCUCCUACAGUUCCACUUUGGACAAAGACUUCAGCCUCCUGCCUGAGCUUCAUGCACUGAGCGCAGGUGCCAAGGCCAUGGUGACGGACUUCUGCGCCCAGGGGGUGGAGCUGUGCCGCAGGGCCUGCGGUGGACACGGUUACUCAAAGCUGAGCGGCCUGCCCUCCCUGGUCACCAGGGUGGCAGCCUCCUGCACCUAUGAGGGUGAGAACACUGUGCUCUACCUGCAGACGGCCAGAUCCAUGCAGCUCCCAGCCAGGCCGCCAUCCCUCUCACUGGACAACAGCAUCAAUCUCCUCACUGGCCUGCCGCUUCCACCCUGCCCCACCUCAGCCCUUUCUCCACAGGCAGCCGGAGGGAGCUUUUCAAAACCUAGAGAAGAUCACAUCCUCCCCUUGCUUGAAAUUCUUCAAUGGCUCCCACAGCUCUUAGGGAAAUGCCACAGUCCACACUGCGGCCUUAUGACCUGGCCCCUGCUCCCUCUCUGUCCUCUGCUCACCUCCGCCAGCCACACGUUUCUCUUUCCCUUGCUCGCUUCCCUCCCGAUACUCUCUGCCCCCAGGUUGUUGUACAGCUGUCUCCUGCUCACCCUUCAGGUCUCAGCUCAAAUGACCCCUCCUCGGACGCCCUCCGUGACCACUCCGCCUAGAGUAGCCCCGUCCAACCCUCCCACUCAACACUGUCCUGUUUCCUUCAGAGCCAUUAUGACAAUCAGAAAGCGUCUCUUUUUGUGUGACCUGGAGCUCCUUGAGGGCAGGGAGUCCACCUGCCUUGUUCACUGCCGUACCCCAGGUUUGGUGCAGGGUCUGCACCAGGAGGCUGCAACCUAAAAGGCAGGGAGAAAUGGCUGAUUCCACUUCCUCCCAACAGGUGUUUUCUUUUCAUCCCUCUUAAGCCUGUGGGUCUCGUGGCUGACAAGGCCUUCCUCGUGCAGGCUCAGGUGACCAGAUGGGGCGACUACAUCUCCAUGCAGGGAGAAAGGGCUUACUACUGGCCAAUAUGUUACAUAAUAUUUCCUUAAAGCUUUUAAAAUAUAUACUUAUUGGGUUUUUUUCAAAUCACAAAAAGAAUACAAAAUCAUGUAUUAGAUACUCUAUGCUCUGCACUGUGCCAGGAACUCUACAAGUCCUAUUUGCAUUCAGUUUUCACAAGCCCCCCUGUGAGGUGGCUCAUCCUUAUCUAGAGAGGGAGAAACUGAGGCUGAGGGAAAUGGAGGAACUUCUACAGUGUCACAUAGGUCUCAGUGGAGCUGCACAGAAAUCCAGGGCUGUCUGACCCAGGCUACAACCACUGCGCUGUCACAAGGGAGAAGCCGAGUCACCUGUGAUUCUCCGGUUCAUGUUCUCAUCCUUGCCUCUAUCCUUUUAUCAGCUAAGAAAAUUUAAUUUCCGCAGUCACCAUACAAUUCAUCGUAAGUCCCCGAAUCACAAGAUCCUAACCAAGAGAAAAGAUUGUCUGUUCAGAUAUCAAAAGGGUUUAUGUUCAGGAGCUGAGAGUGUCUGCCCAGCUCUGCAGCCCCAGCCGCAGCCGUUUCACUCUGAAGCACACUACAGCCCGGGCAUGCACUUCGGCUUUGAAGUGAGAAGCAGCCAUCAGCAGGGACCUGGGGAAGAGCCUGGGUGGCCUUGGUUCUCCUACAGGGAGCAUAAGAGUGCAUGCUGCUGGGAGACAGGGGUGCUGGGCUGUCCCACAAAGCUCCCCACCCCCUCACCUGCCUGUACCCCUGCCCCCCAGGUUUCUGGUGAAGAUCUACCUGCAGGCUCAGGAGUCCCCAGGCUCCACAUCUCAGAGGUCUCUCCCUCAGUCUGUUGCAUACCUGACGGCACCUGACCAGACCAGGUGCCCAGCCCAAAGGGCUGCCGACUUCCUCCACC